AAUUAAUCAGAUACUUUUCAUUAAUUACUUUCUAGUUGAUAUAUCAAUUUUAUUAUCCUAUUUUUAUAUUUAUACAUUGAGACUUUUGAGCACAGAUCAUGCGGAACAAGAUAUUGAAUAUCAAAUCAUCUGCACGCUUCCUGGCAUCAGUACCGCAUUCCCCAUCAUCAUCAAUAGCAUCAUCGACGCCAAAAUCCGAGUCUUCAAAGUUUAAGAAACCAGUCCCAAGUCUUGAUCAGUUCAUCCAACGACAACGAGUGCUUUCUUUCUGGCGUGAAAUUAUUCGUGCUGUAUACAAAAUCCCACCGUCAUCAACACGCACGGAAAUGAGAGACUAUGCAAGAGCAGAAUUCGACCGAAAUAAAGGAGUUGAAGAUGUUGCGCAUAUAAGGUAUCUACUGUCGGCUGGAAAGACGGAAUUUGAUACGAUGAGGAGAUAUAUUGAGGAGCUUGCUAGUCGAUGAUAUUAGAUUCAUGUAUAUAAUCUUGUAAUACUUAUUCAUUUGGAUCAUUGAAACUUCUGACGGGUGGGUUAGUCUUGCCGACAAGAUGGAUUCAACGUUGGUCAUAUUACAACACAGGAACCUGGGAAGAUGUUGUGGAGCUUUUCGUCCUAGAGUUGCGUAGAUGGGGGAUCUAUGCUCCAAAUGGGGGCCUGGGCACAAUGAGAGAAUAUUCUAAGGAAAGGGAUAGAAGAGACUAAAUGGUAACCAUGUAGGUGAAAAGCACAGAUGGG